UUUUUCACAGUUCGACGUAGCGUUUUAAAAACCGGAAGUCAAACUACUUUGCUAGCUGCAGACAAAACAUUUCAGUUUAUUUCAACUAGAAACAUGCUGUCGAUAUUCAAAUCCAUUCCCACACAUAUGGAUUAUAAGGGCCAGAAACUGGCUGAGCAGAUUUUCCAAGGAAUUAUUCUCAUCUCUGCGGUGAUAGGAUUCAUCUAUGGUCUGAUCGUUCAGCAGUUUGGGUGGACAGUGUACAUAGUGUUGGCUGGUUUUGCUGUGUCUUGUGUGUUGACCCUGCCUCCAUGGCCCAUGUACAGGAAGAAUCCUCUGCCGUGGCAGCCAGUUGUACCAGAGAGCAGUGGGGAAUCUCCACAAAAGCCCCAGGAUGGCAGCAAAAGGAAGAAGCACAAAUAGAUCAAUAACGGUCCCAUACCUGGCUUCAAAUUAUCUUUUUUACACGAAGAACCAUCUUGGAGUUUGUCCAACAGUUCACAUUAAAAACAUUCAGAGUAAA